AUACAUAUCUAUACGCAAAUAUAUACGCCCGAAGCUAUAUAUAGAAGAAGAUUAUUGUUCAUGUAAAGAAACAUUUUUUCCGACAAGGAUAUGCUUCAAAGUUGUUGGUCGGGUUGUUCAAGGCGUGUCAUUUCGCUGCCUCCAUUUUCAAACUUCACACAUUAUUUUCACUGUAACUCAUCACCCAAUCAUUCAUACAAAACCCAAAAUCAGCUUGUUGAUUUCUUGGACUACUUACUUCAACAUAGCGGCGUUAAUCUUCAACAACUGAAGCAAAUUCAUGCAAAGAUCGUCAUCUGUUGUUCAUCAAAUUCUUCUUUUAUAGCUGCAAGACUCAUAUCAAUUUAUGCGAAAUUUGGGCUUGUUAAUGAAGCUCAGAAAGUAUUUGAAAACUGCCCAACUGGGUGUUCCUCGAAUUUGUUGUUGUGGAAUUCGAUCUUGAGGGCUAAUGUAUCAAAUGGGAAAUGUGAAGAAGUUUUAAAGCUUUAUAGGAGAAUGCGGGAAUGUGGUAAUUUGGCUGAUGGGUUUGGUUUACCGUUGAUUAUUAGGGCAUGUGGUAUGUUCAGUGACUGGAAAAUUUGCAGCAUGGUGCAUUGUCAUGUUAUGCAAAUGGGCUUUAGAGAUCAUCUUUAUGUUGGUAAUGAAUUGAUGAUUAUGUAUGCAAAGAUUGGGCAUAUGGAUAUCGCACGUAAAGUGUUUGAUGGAAUGUCUGUGAGAACGCAAAUAUCGUGGAACAUUGUACUUUCAGGUUUUGCGCAGAACUUUGACUGUGAUGCUGCUUACAAGACGUUUGUGCUGAUGGAAACUCAGGGGUUUGAACCGAAUUCUGUGACUUGGACAUCGUUGUUAUCUAGUUUUGCUAGGUGUAGACGUCAUGAGGAUGCAUGGAAGAUUUUUGUUUUGAUGAGAAAGAAACAAGUUGAAGCUACUGCUGAGGCAAUUGCUGUAGUAAUAUCAGUUUGUGUUGGUGACAAUGCGAUUGAUAAGUGUAAGACAGUACACGGAUAUGUUAUCAAGGGGGGAUUUGAGAAUAAUUCUAUUGUGAUAAACUCAUUAAUGUGUACGUAUGGGAAAGGUGGUGGUGUUAGACAGGCUGAAUGUCUGUUUUCCGGAUUGCAAUUUAAGACUAUAGUGAGCUGGAAUUCCUUAAUAUCUUGUUAUGCAGAAUCAGGUUUAUGUAACGAGGCAUAUUCUUUAUUUUUGCAGUUGCAAGAGUUAGAUGAUCCAAAGAUGAAACCUAACGUCAUAAGUUGGAGUGCUGUUAUAGGGGCAUUUGCUGUCGCUGAGAGGCAUGAGGAGUCUUUAGAAAUCUUUCGAAGUAUGCAAGUUAAUAGAAUACUGGCCAAUGAUGUUACAAUUUCAAGUGUUUUAUCAGUUUGUUCUGAGCUUUCAAACUUCCAUCUUGGUAUGGAAAUCCAUGGUUAUUCAAUAAGGUUUCUAAUGGAUAAAAACACUUUGGUAGGAAAUGGGUUGGUUAAUGUGUAUAUGAAGUGUGGUAGUCUGCAGAAAGGAAACACAGUAUUCGAAAGAACAGGAGAAAAAGAUUUAAUAUCAUGGAACACAAUGAUUUCUGGAUAUGGAAUGCAUGGACUUGGUACUACUGCCCUAGAAACAUUUGAACAGAUGGUUAGCACUGGAACUAAGCCAGAUGAAGUUACUUUCAUUGCAGUUCUUUCUGCAUGUAGUCAUGCAGGCCUUGUUGAUGAGGGGUAUAAAGUUUUCAAUCAGAUGAAGGAAGUGUUUGGAAUUGAACUACAAAUGGAGCAUUAUGCUUGUAUGGUAGAUCUUCUUGGCCGUGCUGGGCUAUUGCAGCAGGCUAGUGAAAUGGUGCAAACUAUGCCAAUGAGUCCCAAUGCCUGUGUCUGGGGAGCACUACUCAACUCUUGUAAAAUGCAUAAAAACACGGAAGUCGCAGAAGAAACCGCUGCUCAGCUUUUCAACCUUGAGUCUGGGAUUACGGGGAGCUACAUGUUGCUCUGUAAUUUGUAUGCUGUAAAUGGAAGGUGGAAGGAUUCAGCAAAUGUGAGGAUAUCAGCGAAGACACAGGGUUUGAAAAAAGCUCCCGGACAAAGUUGGAUUGAGGUGAAAAAGAAGGUUUACAUGUUCUUAGCAGGACAACCUAUGGACUCAGAGAUGGAAGAUGUUCAUGUAAUGCUUAACAUUCUACGCCUUCAUAUGUCUAGGGAAGGAUGCACACCUCAAAAGAGCUUUGCUUUGCAAUGUGUAGAAGAACAAGAACAAUUUCUGUAUUAGACAUCAUGAAGAAUUAUGUCUAUGCCUGAUGCUGAAAAACUAUGACCUGAUCUCAAAACCCGCCCGAAGCCAUUUUCUGAUAACCAAAGACCUGCCCAAAGCCAUUUGUCAAACUUAUUUGAACGGCUGACCUCCCUUCUGUCUAUGUAUUUCACAGGUCAGCCAUAUACGAGUUUGCUGUGCGGUCACUUCAUUACUCAGGCUUGAGUUGCCAUGUGGGAAGGAGCUAUGAGCUUGUAGAAACUGGGAAAUUAUAAAAGGAGCAAUGGGAAAAGUUGGGUAGGGAGUCAUUCAUGGUUGCUCUGCACAUGAAGGAAAUGAUGUUUUUAAUGAGCUGGAAAUGGUGAAAAUAAUGAAGUUUGGCCGUCUUUGUACCUCAGUUUUGUCACAGACAAGGAAGAAUGUGAAAUAUGUAUCAAGGGAAGUUGCUUUAGAGUAGUGAAAACAAAGUACAACUAGCAUUUGACCCAUGAAACAUCUAGUAACUCUGCAAACCUAAACUCAUGAUGCCUUUCUUUUCCCAGUUAAACUAUUUGUAUCAAGAAAUGAGAAUAGUGAAUGUACACCAUCACUAUAAUUUGGCACAUGAAAUCACGAGUAAACAAGUAAAUCUAAUUUUCUUACUGCCUAUUUAUUACUCACAUAUCUAAAAUUAUCAGUUUUUGUUUUUCCAGUAAAACCAUCUGGAUUCGAACUGCAUGAGCUUUAUGAUGAGUGAAGACCUCAGCAGACGAAUGGAAGCUAGUUUUGCAUACUGAUUGAUUGGUUGACACUUAAAAGAAAGGAAGAACAAAAUAUACACUGCUCGUUGGGAGUUCGGGCAAAAUUGUGAAGUCGGUUGACUUAGAAAUUUCCUCUUGCGGAUCUCUCUACUACAAAAAUUCAGCGCAGUAACAUUUGUGAAGCAGCAGCAGCAACAGCCUGUGCCCUGCAAUAAGCGAGUUGAUGAAGAACGAUAUCCAGCUCUGCUUUGCAAUAAUCAAUGUGGUGUUGCAGGUCUCUGAUAAUACGAUAACAACCACCAACAGGAUCAUUAGCGCGAACGUCAGAUUGGAAGAUGAUGGUCCUCAUUGCCUCGUCCUUCAACGGCUGAUCAAGGUGGCGAAUGAUCUUGGUAAUGCUGCUGACACCAAACAAUUUAUGAGCGUUCAGAAACUGGCGUUGGCGAUCGUGAGGAAAAUAAGGUGCAAGAGCACAAUCAGGGGCACACUUUCUACGUUGGUAUUUGCAGGCAGCACAGGCUUGGCCAGCACCACUAACACGAAGAAGAACGUUCUUGUGAUUGUUAUCGUUGUUGUUAUGAACACGUUUAGUAUACUUGUGAUGAUUGAGAUUAUUAUGAUCACUAAUGAAAGUAUGAGGAGUUUGAUGAUGAUGAUGAUGAAUAGCAAUAUUAUUAUUAUUGGAUGUGCUAAAGGAGGUCAUUUGAUUCUGCAUAUUGUAAUUAUAAUUAUAAGUUUUUUACUAAGUUUGUUUUGACAGGGAGAUUUGUGCUGCGUCUCCGGCGGGGAUGGAGAAAAAGGAUUAGAUUAGAGAUUGCUUUUCUUUUUGAGUUUUCUCCCUUCUUUUCUCUUUAGCCAAUGUAACCAACUUACACCAAAUGAGAGGCUCAUAAACUUUUGAUAUAAUUAAAUUAUAACGUGUAUUUUUGUAGUUUAAUCUCUAUUUCUCUCUCUACACACAUACACAUAAUUAAAAAUUGAUAUGUAAUAUUAAUGGAUAAAAUGAAAAAAAGAAAUGGUCAAAUUAUAUUAGGGGUUCUCAAUGCAUAUCAUGAAGUGUGUAUAGAAGGGAAGGCUUUAUUGUGAUUUGUGGAUGUGAUUACUUCUCAUUACUUUAAGAUCUUCCUACUUAUAUCAUAACACAAUAGGAUCACAAUGUAAUCUUUAAAAGUCUUGUUUAGGGAGAAAUUAUUCUCCCAAUAAGUUUUUAGAUGAAUUCGCCAAAUCAUAUCAAUAAUGUGUUCUUUAGUAUAUUUGUCUUAUCGUUUUCAAACUGUUAGCUUCUCCAUGGCAGCUUCUCAAUUUCCAACCCACCAAAAUGAAGGGAGUAAUAACUUGAACAACAAUAUAAUUAUGGAACCAAAGACCAUGCACAUUUUGUCCUUUAAAAAAAAAAAAAAAAAAAUUAAGUAUGCAUAUACUGCGUUAUUUCUAAUAAACAAUACUCCAUAUUCACAAAUAGAAUUCUUAAUACCGUGAGUAUAUGUGCAACACGACCAAUUGUUAAGCUUGAUUGAAGGUUCCAUGACUAUUCUAUUCUCA